AAUACAUGUUACGGGAAGUAACUCUUGUUUUUAACUAAAAUUCCUUACGCACAUGUGUCGGCAAAUUCCAUUGGUCGUUCCACGCGAACAUAGCCAAUCGAAUGCGUACUCUCAAUUACAAGCGUUUCCCACAUGCGCAGAACGUGUUUUGAAUAUGCCGGAACCAUGUGGACAUGGGGUGUCAGUUUUGGUAUUUUAAUGCCUCUUAUUAUCUGCUGUCUUUCGACAAUGUCAGCAAAGUAUUUUAGCGUAAGCGUUCUGAAGGGUAGCGUGUGCUUAUCAAAGCGAAUCAUGGAAAGUCCACUGGAUGACACAGUUGGUGAUUUGGCGACGAAAGCCGUAUCGUCAAUCGCCGAUGGAGAUGGACUUUCUAUACAAGAGGUGCAUGCAACAGAAUCCAAGGCUGGUUCCUACGGGAAUAUCGUCGAACUUACAACACCCAUGCAAGUUUUAGCAGACUUUGGACUAAAUUAUGUGACAGUGGUGGCAAAAUCGAGAAUAAACAGCGCCGAUGUGCAGAAAACAUCAGCGUUUGAUGUUAUGAUGAGUUCUCAAAAGUUCGACAAGCUGCCGGCGAAAUAUUCUGGUGACAAACUAACUGGCGAUCGAAAACUUUUCAAUGACAUUCUCGACAUGUUUCACAAACAUGGCAUUGGUUUUACAACAAAUAAUGUUGAAGCAGUAGGAAAAACUGUUUGCAAGACUCUUCAGAGAAUAUUAUGGUACAUCACAUCACAGCACAGUAAACUGAAGGAGAGGGGGGGAAAAAUUCCCAACAUGUUCCAACAGUUCGAAGGCUACUUCGAUCAUGUACAAGCACAUAAGCCACCACCAAAGAUGGAAGUCGCAAAACUUCAAGAGCAUAUUGAUGCCCUGUCUGAGCUCCUCAUGCUGCCAUGGACCUACAAAUUUAAGACACUCUAUCAAGAUAUUCAGCAACUGGUCCAGUGUAUGAGAAAGUACAUUGACUUCCUGAGACAACAGUCCCAGCGGUCCAAAGAACGACACAAUGCUAGUGCACCUUUGCGAAAUCCUGUUGGUCCUGUGGGGGAGAAUUAUUUGGAUCUUGACAAUACAUUGGCUUCUGAGGAUGAAUACACUCCUGUGGAAAUCAGCAACUAUCACCCAACCUGUAGAUACAAGAGAAGAACAUGGAUUGACAAUCUAAGUUUGUCUGUACCAGUGGCACAUUACAGUUACUUUCAGGGCAAUUAUCUCGGAAAUAUACAUUUUGUAUGGCGUUUGCCAGGUGAUAAGAGCGAGAGGUCAGAUGAAAAUACAGUUAAAACUGUGCGGGUAGUCCACAAGUCAUUGCCAGAUUAUUCAACUAGACAGAUGAAGAAAGAGUUCUAUGCGAAAUACCAACAGUCUACAGGAGUGUCUCCAGCUCUUCUCAGAAACAUGUACAAAUUCUUGACCAAUGACAGUAGUGGUGCUGAAAACACUGCACAAGCUGCGAUUGAUCAACGUGUUGAAGAUGUGUUGGAGUUAAAUGAUCCUGAUGUGGCAUUGGAUUUACGGAGACUGAAUGGCAACCCAGACAGUACAAAGUUUGAUACCUUCUGGGGUGAAGUUGAAAAAUACUUCCAUGAAAGGGACCUUGCCAUCCACGAGCGGAGACAUGGAUCACAACUGUACCUUCCAUAUGCAAUAUCAAUUGACGAUCUUGUGUCAACGGUGCGGGGUCGUGUAGAUCCAGAAGUACUCAUUCCCUCCAAUGAAUGGGUGAGACUGCAGUUCUGGCCAGCCAAUCCAACGACGAGGACUGCAUUCCACUACACUGGUCGUUUCAAUGUAAAGUUUUCACUUCAAACAAGACAGAUACGUGGAAAACAUGAGGAUAGUCACUAUGUGGCUGCACAGUUGGUCUACUUGAAGAAAUUUGCUGUGACAUUGAGAGAGCAUGUCGAUUUCUUUUGGCUUGAUGACAAAGCCAUUGUUCCUAUUGGAGAGCCUGGAUUACCUGUUAGUACUGGUGUUCGCCCACAUAAUGCUUCUCUUUCCAGUACUACUGCCAGCUCUCUUACAGCAUUAGAUCAUGAUUAUAAUGUGUGCGGGGCCAUCCCCUCUGUUGCUCUGCACUGUGACAUUCCACAGGAUGCCAGUGAUUCUUUCUUCAAUGGAACAGCCUUUGUGACUGUAAAGGACAAAGUGUUCAGUCCGUCCAAUGCUAUUCGUCAUGGUGCUGAAACAACAAACAUCAUCAAAUCCCAUUUCAGUACUGAUGAUGGAAAUUCAGAGAGAGCUAUACUCAUAAUGUACACGGAUGGUGGCCCUGAUCACCGCACUACUUUCGGAUCUGUGCAAUUGGCUAUGAUAGCCAUGUUUGCAUGGCUCGAUUUGGACAUGUUGAUCACGGCAAGGACAGCACCAAUGGGCAGUUGGGCAAACCUGGCCGAAAGAGUGAACUCUGUUCUGAACCUUGCACUACAAAAUGUCUCCUUAGAGAGGGAACGGAUGACAGAGGAACUGGAAAUGAAAAUGAAGAGAGUGUCAACCCUGAAAACUGCAAGAGACAUUGCUUCUAGGUAUCCAGCUUUUAAAGAAGGCCUUACAGCAGCCGUCUUGCCAGUUCUGAAGUUACUGGAGGAAAGGUUUUCUCAUCUGAAAGUCAAGGGGGAUGCGGUGAUAAUAAACAGUGCUGCAAGCAAUGAGAGUGUUGAAAAUUUCUUCGGAAUUUUGAAAGAUCAUAUAGAUGAUAAACUUGAUAUGAACAAGUUGACGAAGAAAGAUCUGGAGAAAUCAGAUAAACUAAAUGACUUCAUGGAUCGCCAUUGUCGCUGUCGGCAGUACAUCUUUCAAAUCAAGAAAUGUGAUCCUCACAGAGUUGACGAUUGUUGGUAUUGUGUCAUCAAUCCUCCAAGACUGCCUGAUGAUGAGUUUGAACAAUUGAAUUUCAUUCCUGAUCCUGUUGUAUCUCCUGAAAGUGGAGAUAAGUUUGAAGAGUUUCAUUCUGUCUAUGGUACAGACACUACUGAUUCAGCUAGACCCUCCUUGAGUUCUGUCACCAUGUCUUCAAUAAGAGACAAGCAAAAUAGGAAAAUUCUCACUGCAAACAAAGUUCGAGAGUCAGUAACAUGUGUUGAAUGUCGUAAACCGAGAUGUGUUUAUUCAGACACCAGACUUUCCUACAAAGACAAAACAGCCUUGAUCCGCAUGAGAGAGGGACGUUCUUACACUUGUGGGUCACCACUGUUUCCUCCAGCAUCUCCAUACUUUGAAACGCUAGUUGUGAAAGAGAGUCUCAGAUGUUCGUCCACAAUGGAGACUACAUACUAUGCCAGUAAUACAUGUUCUUUGCCAAGUGUUUGCUUUCACUGCGGAAUUGCCAGGUCAGAAGAUUUUGCUGAUGACAGUGUAAUCCAUGAACUUCAGGCUAUGUACAGCACUGUGAGGCCUAUCUGUCGAUCUUGUAAACAAUCAGGAAAAGAAGCUGCAGUGAGGGGGAAACGUAAUGUUAAAAAACUGAGAACAUCAUAAAUCAUUUUGCAUUAACUGACCUGUAAAUCAUGCAGGUACUAGUCAAAUGAUGGAAGAUAUGUUAACUCCUGUGUUUUGUGUGAAAUCAGAAAUGGUACCUCUUAUUUUUUAAAUACAUUUUCCAAUUUUGAUGUGAUGUGGGGGAAAGUCUUGGCCGGAAUUUGAGCAGAAUGUCUCUGCUCAUGUAUGUUAUCCUUUUGUUGUUUUAUGACUGCUUUUAAUAGGAGGUGUGUACCUCAUUAUUCCAUGAGGAAAAUGCUGUGUGAUACUGAGUGAAAGUGGAAAAAAGUACUUUUUGUAACAUUUCAGGUACAGUUUUUGUAGGUGCUAAAUGGUUAUUUGUUUUGAAGCCAUUUAAUAAGUGCCAUUUCAUUUUAGUGCAUUCCACAUGUUAGCAUAACACGUCAGUCAUGAGUGUUACCUGAUCAUUUAACACGAUUAAGUUAUACUGGAUAGAGUAUUUCAAGUACUUGUAUGUGCCAAAUGUUUUCUUUUGUUUUGAAGUCAAGGGCUAUUUAAUUUAAGUGCAUAACACUUCAGCUAUGAGUGUUACCUGAUCAUUUAACACGAAAAAAGUGAUACUGGACAGAGUAUUUCAAGUACUUGUAUGUGCCAAAUGUUUUCUUUUGUUUUGAAGUCAAGGGCUAUUUAAUUUAAGUGCAUAACACUUCAGCUAUGAGUGUUACCUGAUCAUUUAACACGAAAAAAGUGAUACUGGACAGAGUAUUUCAAGUACUUGUAUGUGCCAAAUGUUUUCUUUUGUUUUGAAGUCAAGGGCUAUUUAAUUUAAGUGCAUUCCACAUGUUAGCAUAACACGUCAGCCAUGAGUGUUACCUGAUCAUUUAACACAAUGACAUUAUACUGGACAGAGUAUUUCAAGUACUUGUAGUUUUACCCUGAACGUCAAGGGUACGAAGAUUGGAUGGUGCCAUUUUGGCAAAAAGCUGACAUACCCGGUAAUCAAAAGAAGCUGCAUACUUGAAUAAACAUUCUAUUCAUGGUGAAAUAACAAAGAGAACAACACAAGAAUAGGCAUAAUGUUUUAUUAAGACAUUCUUCAUAAGCAUGUAUCUUCUUCUUAUUUCUGUCAAUGAAGCUGAAAUGUGAUGAAACUUGAUUAAUUUCUUUUAAAAAACAAGAUGGCUGCCGUGCCUGACCUCCCUACUUGUAUGUGCCAAAUGUAUAUUUGUUUUGAAGCCAAGUGCUGUUUUAAUUUCAGUGUAUUUCACAUUGUUUUUAUAUUUUUAAAAUACAAUAAAUCUUUAAUAAGUUAAAAGCUUGUUGUUGAAGUCUACCUGCUUGUGGAAAACUGCCAAAAGAUACCUGUAAACCCUGGACAUCAGUAAGGAGUGUCAUUAGAUAAAGGGACUAUAGUGCAUGCGUGGUGGGUAAUACUGAAAUACUUUUGUAGCUUCUGUGGCACAAGUGAGGGAUUUUUUUUUUUUUUUUUUUUAUUUCCUCCUAUCAGCAUUCCUGCCUCCUAAAAUCCGUAAUACCUGCGAAAAAAAAUUCUCUCAAGUACUUUUUUUUUUUUUUUUACAUUCCCUCCUCCAUUCAGCCACUUUACCCGAAAAAAUCCGUAAUCCUAGCAAUUAAAUUGGUCUGGCCUAAGACUGUUUAUCAUCCAAAACACUAUUGGGUGAGAUUCUUCAUUUAUCAUCCAAAACUGGCUCCCACAGGAGAUAUCGCUUGGA